AUGCCUUCUCCUCGCGCCUCGCCUGCUCUGAGGCCUUCAUCGCCCAUGUCUUCCCGCUUUGAGCCCACUCCACGCUACGAAUUGCAGCCUCCGUCACCUCGCGGUCUCCAUCCUCGCUCUGCCGCCACAAGUUCGCAAAUGCGCCAUCGCAACGCCUCUACUGCCAAUACACUCAAGCUACCUGGUCUGCCCCGUUUCCAUCCGGCAAACUUUCCUUCGUCACAAUCAUCCUCGGUUGCAAGCACUCCCAGCACCGGUCCUCUGUCGCCUUCCAACCCUCCAGUCAGUCCCAAGGCUCAGCAGAGGCUCUACUCGGAAGCUCAGAAGCAACUCUAUCUUUACCACCGGGAGACUCUGGCUGCUCAGGCUGCCGUCACUGCCGCGGUGAAUGCAGGAUCAUCAAGGCCGCCAUCACUCCGCUUCGAGAAGCCCUUGAGCCCACGCCUUGCACCACUGGGUAGUCCUGGUCCUGUAACGCCACUUGAGCUCGAAGGCCAGGACGGUUAUCUAUCGGCAGGCGCUACUCACGCAUCGUCUGCCGCUGCCCACGCCGCCGCUGCACAGGAAGCAGCCGCCCAACUCUCAGCUCAGCACUCGGAUCUUGUCGACAAACUCAUCGAGCAAGAAGUCCGCCGCAGCACGGAUCUAGACGCCGCCAUGGGAAAUAUCGAUCCAUGA